AUGGCUUCGGUUAGCAAAGUUGACUACCUCAAACGGUACAUGUCGGAUGGUUCUGACAAAAAGAAAAAACGAAAGAAGAUAAAAAAAGGGCCCAGUCCCCGUAUCUUUGAUGAUGAUGUUAGCAUAAAGUCCUUACUGCCUGAAAACCAAGACAUAAACAUGGAUUCUGAACUGGCUGAGAAUGCCCCAACUGUAGCAGAAUUUGUAGAUGAACGUCCACUUGAAGUACAACAGCUUGAACACUACCAAGACAAAAGCAAAUGGAAAUUGCUUGCAGAAAACAAAGCUGAGGAUGGGGAGAUUGUAUCUGAUAAGUCAGAUGAGGAAGAGAAUGUCACAAAGAAUGACUCUGAAGAUGAUGGGCAUAUCUCAUCACAUAGUGAAGCCUCAGAUGACAAUCGUAGCCACAAAUCAGGUUCUGAUGUCUCUCCACAGAAAACGAAAACCUCUCAGUCAGACAAAUGUGCCUCACCCAAGAAAACUUCAGCUCAGAAUUCUCCAUCAGAUAUUUCAGCAGUUAAAGAGAAAGCAUAUGAGCAGGAGGAACAGAAACCUGAUUUGGGUUCUGAUGAAAGCAUGGAGGAGGAGGGGAGAAUCCAUGAUGAUUCUGGAUCAGAGCCAUCACCUCGCAGACGUGUCCGACAUAAUCUUGAGUCAGACAAGUCUCCGAAGCAGAGACGGGAGUCGCAUUCAGAAUCAGAACCAUCACACUCUCCUGGGGAUCAAUCUCGAAGAGUUAGGCAUGAUUCAGAUUCUGAUGGCCGAUCAGAGCCCCUGAAGCAUGCCCGUCAAGACUCUGAUUCGGAUGCUUCAUCUUCUGACUCCGAUCAGCCAGCACCCCGCAGAAGGCGGCGAUAUUCAAGCUCAAAGCCAGACAGGAGUGCCAGCCCAGCACCAGCCAAAGGAUCCCCUGCAGCACGUGCAGCAUCUGAUUCUGAUGCCUCACCUGCUCGUCGGAGAAGGCCUGCAUCAGACUCUGAUCAUUCUCCCCGUCGGCGAAGGCACGCGUCUGACUCUGACCACUCCCCCCGUCGGCGAAGGCACACGUCUGACUCUGACCACUCCCCCCGUCGGCGAAGGCACGCGCACGCGUCUGACUCUGACCACUCCCCCCGUCGGCGAAGGCACACAUCUGACUCUGACCACUCCCCCCGUCGGCGCAGGCCCACAUCUGACUCUGACCAUUCCCCUCGUCGGAGAAGACACGCUUCAGAUUCAGAUCAAUCACCUCGUCAUAGAAGGCCGACAUCUGAUUCUGAUAAUUCUCCCCCACGGGCUUCUCGCCGUCACAGUUCAGACUCUGAUCUGUCUCCCCAGCGACGACGAAGAAGCAAAGCUGACCACAGCCCCUUACGGCACCAUAACCAUUCCAGUGCCUUAUCCAAAGACAGAAGGACUCCCAGAGAUGAUUCUGAUUCCGACUUAUCACCUCCUCGGCCUGGUCAGCGCAGAGAUUCCUCCCCAGUGAGUCGAUCUCUGCUUGAUGGCAAGGGACGGCCUCAAAAAACUUUGGGUGGCACUAAAGCUGGCCUCUCUACUGCUGACGACAUGAGGAGAGAAGCUCGGUACAUGCGUCAUAGAGAAGAUAAAAUGUUUCGACAGAUGGAUACUUCUGUAUCUGGCAAAGAUGCAGACACGGUGGUGCGUGAUCGAUCGACUGGACGGCGCAGAGACCUGAAGCAAGAGCAGAUGCGGAAGAAUGAAGAGCAGAAGAAAAAGGAAUUAAAAGACCAAAAAUAUGCUGAGUGGGGAAAAGGCUUGAAGCAGAAGGCUCAGCAGGAGCAGGCUAUCCAGGAUAGUUUGCAUGAAUUGUCCAAGCCUUUGGCUAGGUACAAAGAUGACAAGGAUCUGGAUCAGAUGAUGCGGGAACAAGACCGGGCAGGAGACCCAAUGCUGGCCUUCAUCAAGAAGAAGAAAAAACCUGAAAAAGAAGGCAAAGAGCGACCUCGUUACAAGGGACCUCCGCCACCACCAAACAGAUUUAAUAUUAUGCCAGGCUACCGCUGGGACGGUGUAGAUCGUGUACAAUCCAUACGAAAAGAGGUGGGAUUCUUUCCUUCUCUCCGCACAAGAUGGUGUCUAUUCAUAUGA